AUGUCUCACUCAGAUGUGAGCCUGGCAGUGGCUGGUGAUGAUGCUCCUACCAUGCCACCUCCAUAUACACCAGCUCCCCGCAAGCCUAGAGAACCAUUGGAUUGUUGGGCCUGUGCUGUGCUGAUCACUGCUCACAACCUGUUAGUAGGAGUCUCAAAUUUGUUGAUCUUCAUUGCCCUUUGUGGAGGUGCCUUAGCUCCCGCUGGUGCCAUGCUGGUCUAUGGGUUCCUGUGCCAUCCAAAGUUUCGCCGUCCCACAGAACAGCUGUGCUCCCCCAUCCUAACUCCUGCUGCCUGCACUGCCCUGCUGGUCUUUGGAAUCGCCCUGCUUCUGCCUCUUCUGGUGCUAGGCCUUGCAGCUUAUGCCCGCCUGGCACGUGGUCUUCAGCUGGGCUCCUGUUUCCUGCCCUACAGUCGUGCUGUGUACCAAACAGCCCCACAGCGACCACAUGUGGAAAAGAGGCGUCCUCAAGAGGGCAAGGCCUGGGUGUAA